AUGUGUGCAACCAUUCAUGAACCAACCAUUCCUUACAAUAGUUCUCAGCCUGUUAAUCGAUGUUCCACAGAUUCUCAAAGUAACUCAACAGAACCUGGUUUAUCCCACGUUGGACAGUCUUCAUUCACUUCAGGGUCAACUGAGUUUAUGGUAUGCAAGUUAUCCAGAAAUCCUUGUGCAAGUCAGUAACAAUAUCAACAAAUAGUUGCAGUUUUGUGUUCAGGGGUCGUUUGAUCCCUUGUGGCCAGUUGACCUUGUCCUUGAUUAUUUGUCCACCCUGUGGCCAUUAGAACUGCAUCAACGGUUGGACAGUGGAUUAAGACAUUGUUUGGACAAGCAGGUGUUGACACAUCGAAUUUUUCAGCACACGGCACAAGGGUUGCGUCCACUAGCAAGGCAGCCGUAUCUGUACCAGUUGAUGUAAUCCUAGCCACAGCUGGCUGGAGGGAUGACUCAACAUUUUGUAAAUUCUAUAAUAAGCCUGUUUCUGUCACCAACCAAAUUAGUUUGGCUGUGUUGAAACGUUGAUAAGUUUAUAUUGUAUGUUUAUCAUUGUGUUUCAGUGUGUAUUAAUGACAAUGGUUUUUUCUGCUACGUUUUCGCUUUUCACUGCUUUAGAAUCUCAUGGUAACCUGGAUGUAUGUAGUGAUUUAGUGAAAUUAAAAAUUAAACAAGACUUACCUUAGUUGAAGUUUGAUUACAAUUUUUCCAAAUUACUUACAGCACAGAAGGGUUAAAAGCUGCACACUCAGAUAAAAUCGAUAACGAAAUGAUAAAAUAUAGUGUUGAUAUCAUCCUUCAUCAUCCCCUCGCAAUGUGCAGUCACAUAUUUUUUAUGCUGCAGAUUUCCAUGUGUUUUUUCGCAUGGUCCACUUCAAAUUCAGUGUCUGAUGUUUCGAUUACUUCACAACAGAAGUUGUACAGUUAUAAAAUUGGCGAAAAGCCGAAAGAACGAUUUAGUAGAAGUAAUAUUUUACAAUAUGUUUGGCAAGAUGCUGUCACGAUUGGUCGCCAUCUUGGUUUUGACUUGCCCAGAAGGAAGAAGUUAUUUGCUGCCAGAGUGGGUUACUAUCCUAAUUCUACAAGCUAUUUCCAUCAGCCUCGUUUAAUCCUACUCUCUGGAGAUGUAGAAUUGAAUCCAGGAAUGGUUAGUCGGCAGAAAGAAGGUAAUAUAAAGAACAUAAAGAUAGCACAUCUGAACACUCGCUCACUGAAGAACAGGGCCCAUUAUAUUCAAGUUAAAAAUCUAAUCAUUGAAAGCGAUUUUGACAUAUUCACCACAUCAGAGACAUGGUUAAAUGAGUUGGUUCAUGACAGCAAGAUAGCAAUUCCUGGGUAUACUCUAUAUCGUCUUGAUAGACAAGCUAGAAUUGGUGGUGGUGUGUGUAUAUUUGUGAAGGAAUUUUAUAAAAUUAAACCAUUGGACAAACUAUCGUCAAUAUCUAGUGCUGGUUUUCACCAAUUGUGGCUUAGCGUCCAGAUUCAAAAACAUAAAUCUUUUAUUAUUUGCACGGCAUAUAGACCUCCAGACUGUACUUUGGAUUGUUUCGACACAGAGUUUGCCGAAUUGUUUGUCUCAACAUCUACAUUGAAAAAAGAUAUUUAUAUCCUUGGCGAUUUGAACUGUAAUAUCCUUAAUAGCAGUGAUGGCUGUGUUAAGGCUCUAUCGGGUUUUUGCUCUUCGUUUAAUCUUACACAGUUGAUAAACCAGCCGACGAGAACAACUGAGUUAUCUGGUAAAAUAUAG